AUUUCCCUGCCCCCCAUAUUUUUCCCAACCUUCCCACCGAAUCAUUGAACAAAGCAUAACUACGCUCCCCAUUAAGCGUCAUGUCGCGGCUACCACAUACUGCGAUGUACAUUUAAGAACAAGCUAUUACGCAACAGCGAACAACUCCGGUGGUGCGCUAUUUGCGGCCAUAAUGUCUUCCACUUAAGGUCGGGGAAAGACCUUGCCCCCUAUUACGUCGCAUCGAGGGCGAAACGCGAUGUUCGAGUCGCUAGAAGAAGAAAGAAAAGAAGUUGUAUAGACAACUAGAAAGAACACCUAGUUAACGAGUAUCAGAAGAAUCAGAGUGGUCCAUGGCCCAGAUCCGAUGCCCUUCCACGCUGCUGUAUAAAACGCAUCAUCCACACGCGAUUGCUGCUUUUGCACGAGCACACGCCUUAAGGACAACCGUCGGACGACACUAACCAGUGAUAGUAAUGAUCGUGAAGGAUCUUGUUGACUUGACUUUAGUCUUGGAUUAAUCGAGAACAGCCUGGAAGAAGAACGAAUCAUCGGUUCAGGUGCCAAAGUGUUGAUGUGCGCCGCCCUCUUCUGCUUCCUUCUGGUCUUCAUCGUGGUUGCCAUCGUUGUUCUCUUGGUGUUUAAGCCUGUCUACGUCUGGGAGGUGAAAAGCGUGGAAUAGAAACUUCUCCGAAGACUUCUGAUUCUUCAGCUAUGAGAUUCUAAACGUUCAAUCAUAACGCUUAGAAAUGUUAUGAUAUAAAACUCCUAUGAUACUUUGGUGCGCUUCCUUUGAAGAUUCUUUGCUUCUGAAGAGCUAUUUCGAAAUAUUCGAUUGAAAUAUUUAAAAAAUAGUAUUUAAAGAUACUUAGAAGUACUCGAGUGCUAAAGAACUGAAUAUACGGUAGCGAGAAAGGGUUCAAGAAAUAAAUACACGCGAUGACGAAGGUUAUAGCUAUCACGUUCCUAGCUCUGGGUCUGCUGACCCUGGCGAACUGUCAGGGAUCCUUGCUGGAAAUGUCUCAACAACUGUGGGCGAAGCUUUUAUCAGGAGGAUUCUCUAAAGCUGGCAAGCUAGAUCCUCUAAAGGUGCCGGUAAUCAAAGUGGAUCAAUCCGAAGGAAAUACCAGUUAUAGAAUAAUUCUUCGGAACGUGGAGAUCGCUGGACUAAACGGAUCCACACUGGACAGCAUCCACAUAGCUCGAGGUCGAUUGAAAUCGAACCUCAGCGAGCUAGAAGCUGGCUACGUGAGCUACAGCGACCUGAGAGAUCUGGACUCCGUCAGAUACAGAUUCCAUACAUUAAUCAAAGAACCUAAAGAGCAAAAUGAAAGCUUCGAGGCCAUUGUCUCUGCCACUAAUCAAGAGAACAAGUUCGUGGCUAGUGCCAGGGAGCAAGAGAGUCGUUUCGAAAGACUCAGACAAUACGAUCCCUUCUUGAUGAAGAUUCAAGCGGAGAAGAUGAAGGAACCAGCGACUGAUCGUCCUCGGAAUAAUCACAAACUGCAUCAAGAAUCUGGAUUUGGGACUUACAGCAUGGAAGACGCAAAGGUUCUCUCAAAAUCGGACACCAGUCGAAUUAUAGAGAACCUGAGGUAUCCUUCGGACGUUCAAAUGAUUUAUGCGAUGAGCGCAAUAAAUUCUGGUUUCAACUCAAAGAAUUCCGAGCAGAAAGAGGAUUACGAUAGAUCCAGAUCGGGUCCUUAUGAUGGUCGGAACAAAGAACACGGCGGACAGAGUCAUAGAAGAGAGAAUUUCGCUAGGGGAAGAACCGAGCAACGUCACGAGGAUGUUGAGACUUCGGCAUCGGAGAACGUGGAGAGUACAGUGACGGGUCAGAGAUUUGUUCCUGGACAAAUUAGCAGAGAACAGGCGCAUGGUAAAGAAUCGAAACGUCUAGAGGAACAGCCAGGUUAUAUCGAUAUAGUUUACGCAGAUGAGAACCGCAAUGGCGGCGUGAGGCGUUUUGGAAACGACAGAAUGAAGUCUAAGGGGGAUGCAAGAGUGUUUGGUACGAAGGAUGCUUCAAAGGAUAUCCUCGAGAAUAAACGAGUUAUUAGUCGCAACUGUACCGAGGGAGAAUCCUUGACGAAGAGGAACGACGCGGUUAAGGCGGCCAUAGAGGCGAAGAGAUUGGAUGGUUUGUCUAGAUACGCGAAAAACUAUCAGGAGAAGCAAGGAUACUUCGAAGAAGGGAUGCAAUUGGUCUAUCAUUAUGGUGGAAUGGAUCGAAAGAAUCCUGGGGAAGAGAAACUUGCUCAAGGGGCUAGAUACAAGCGUGCUCAUAGAGGGAACGAUACCGAUGACGAUGUUAUGCACGUCAUCAUGAAAAUCAGAAUUCCUCUGCUUCGCGUGAAAUCCGAUUAUCAUCUGAUGGGUAAAGUUGGCCAGGAACUAGUGAGAGGAAACGGGCAGCUGAAUGGCAACUUCACCGAUGUUGUUGGCGACUUCACGAUCGAACUGAAAAAAGCCAGUGGACAGGAUGCGUUAAUUGUUCGCGCAGCAAGAAGCAAAUUGAUUUCCAGGAAGCAAAAUGUCUCUCUUCAAGGAAUGAACGAAGAGGGACCAGUAAAGUCCAUUCUCAGUCACAGUUUGAUGGCUGCAGAAGCGGUAGCCGCCAUGCUUGCCGAUGACCUGGCUACCAAGGCCCUCAACGACAAAACGGCGGACGCGAUGAUUUAUAGGAUGUACAAAAACCUUCCGGUCAAUUAAAGCGGUGUCGAGGACAUUCUACCAUUCAAUUGGACUUUUGUCAUUCUUACAGGUUUAUAUCGUAUAAAAUACCUUAAUGCAUAAUGCUCAAAACAAUUGUUUCAAGAUGAUUGUGUAAAAAAAAAAAAAAAAAAGAAAAAGAGAAAGAAAAAAGCACACACAGGUUCAAAAAGAUAGCACAGGUUUAAGGAAUUUCCUAUGAAUUUUUAGCAUCGAAUUACCGAAAGAUUUACAGACUCCACUUAGGCAAAUAUUUUUAUUUCCUUCAACGUUAGGUUUCUUAAAUAAUCGUUCGAGAUAUUAAUCGAUAAUUGCAUGCUUCUAUUUAUUUACUUAUUUAUUUGUUUCCGUUCAUAGUUACAGAGCCGAUUAAUUUAUUAGUAACGUUAUAUUCUA